AUGGACUGCGGCGACGUAGUGGAGGGCGAGACAUCCGAGCUACUGGCACGCUUGCGCAAGAUUCGUGCUCGCUCUACCGCAACCACCCUGGGGUCCUCGGUUUCGGUUGCUCCGCCGCCCGACUCUUCUGAACCCGCAACAGCAAAACGCCAACGAGUCGAUGGCUCAGGGCAUCACGCCAGCGCUCACGACGAGCUUCGGUGGCAGGAUAAUUUGCUCACAUGGACAAGAGGCAGCACGCUGGUUCGCACUUUUUCGUUCUCGAGCCCAGUGCUGCAAUCCUUCUGGACACUCUUCAGCAUGACUUCCCCAGACACAAUACAGAUCGCCCCUGGGAAGACGCGCGCCAAUCAACACUCCAACGCGCCAGUCAGAGCGCUAUGCGUCUUCUUCGAGCAGGCGGUGCACAUCCAUUUUCCCGGUAUCGGCGAGCAGGUAGAUAUGGACCUCCCCUUUCGCUUCUCCAAGGCCUUUCCCGCUCCAGUCGGCUUCCUCAUCCAACGCCAGAUCGAAUCAGAAGACGAGCGCAUCGCUUCGAGGCUGCAACGUCCAACCACUCCGUCAUCUCUACCGCAAACCGCAUCCCGCUCUGGCUAUCCUUUUCCUGAUCUCAGCAGUUCGUCCGAUUCGAGUUACAGCCUCUCCCACAUGAUCGACGACAACGACGAGGCUUCUACAUCGCAGCUUCACCAUGACGCUACACGUUUGCUGCCAAUGGUCUUUUAUCUCUCUCGAUGCUACGACGAUCUUGUGCCUGUGGAUCGCUUUCCGCAGAUGUCUUUCUCUCUUUGCCCUUCCAACGACCCCCGGCCCAUCACACAUGGUCCGGCGUCCCCCUUCGGUGAGAUGGACGAAGUCGUCGUCUUUGUCUCCACUCACGACAGUCAGUUCUACCCCUCCUACAUCGUCACCACGAGUGUACGAAACUCUGCGAUCCGAAUCUAUGCUUUUGCUGCUCGACCAGAAGCAUUCGAGUCAACCCCAACACUGCUCUCCACAGCACGUGUCCCUUCGUCUCUUGCUUUCACCAGCGCUGGCAGCAACCGUGCCACGAGCGCUGCCGGAUCGCAGCCGUUGGGCAGUCAGGGCCUAGACGACCAAGGGCAUCCCACGAAAGGCCACGCUCGCACUCUGUCAGAUACGAACGGUGCUACCAGCAGUAUAGCACUCGGCAGAGGGUUCCCAACUACCGUUCGAAAAAGUGCCCGCAUCGACCUCGACAGGCGUACAAGCGGCAUGACAUCCGCCGCCAUGGGCAGAGAUCCAAGUGGUCGAAGCCGACGGAUCAGCGCUAUGCACUCAGGAGCCCCCGAACGCAGGUCCACCGGCCGCAAGGACGACCAGGCAAGUCAAGCUCGAGAUCGCACACUGGCCAACAUCUCCCACACGGCAGAUGGCCUUCGCCUCCAGUCCCAGGCAUAUCCACACGAUGCCAUGAUGGAUGAAUUGGGCGGCGGUGGUGGCACGAGCAUGCGUAUACCGAACAUCCCGACGCCAGGGGCUCGCCUUCGCCGCAGCUCCCAGGUAGCAGCCCGCACGCCCUAUGGCGGCCCCCGCAACUCGAAUCGCACCUCGACUUCGGCUGUCAAAUCAAGGCCGUCCAUGAACCUCUCACGCCUAGACACCACCAUUGACCCGACUCGCUUCUCGUCCACCAUUGCUACGGGCACUGCGGAUGGGAUCCGCGCAGAAGCGAUCGAGGCGGACAACGGAAUCACCGACGAUGGCGAUGUCGAUCUCGCCCACGUCGCCGACAUGGACAGUUUCGCACGCAGCUUCGCUAGCGUGUGCCUCCUGGAGGAGAUCAAGAUCCCAGACUUAGGCUCACCUCAGGGCUUGCAGGAUCUGCAAAUCAGCAGCGCUUCGUUCGACCGUCUCGAUCCUGACGCUGCUUACCUGUUCUUGUCGGUGCCGGCCAUCGGCCAGACCUUCUGUCGCCGCCUCGGCUACCAGCGCCUCGGAUCUCGAGACAAGUAUCGGAAUCUGCCCUUCUGCAAAGCACCCGCCAAGCUGCAGGCAGCUGCCGUCAUCCAGAGCGCUGCUGUCGUGCCCGUCCAGACACUUUCGUCGGACUCGACAGAAGUAAUCACCUUGUCGUCCGACGGAGCCUUCCAACUCCAUUUUGCACCGCCUUCGUCCGGCUUAGUGGCGCUCGACAUCAGCACAUUUGGUCCUCUGACGCUGGCGCGCGACCGGCUUGCAGAAUAUGGCACCUCGAUUCACCUUCGGGCAACGACAACGGGCACGAAAAGCUGCGUGCAGCUCGUGUCCGCGGGGUGUCCAGACCCGAAUGACGUCGACCUCAACUUUCGUCCGAAGUGCUCCACCACUGCCAAAGUAAUUGAAGUUCUGGCGCAGACCGUUCCCAGUCGACUCGUCGCAAAGAUCAAAUCAAGCUGGAUCCAGACGCGUUUCCUCACGAGUGUCAGGCCGCUCACAAGGUACGGACGCGCAGCUAUCGAAGCAGACUGGGACGCUCUUUCGCUCGUUCUUGGCUCCUCGCCGUCACAUCCGAGCGUCGUCAGCCAAGGAGACCGGUGGCCCGCAGCUCACAGUCUCUUUGGAGACGAUGCGCUCUUGCACCGUCUUGCUCAGCUUAGCAGCAGUGUCGACACUGUGAAGCCCAGCGGCGACGUGCGCGCCAAGGUAGAAGACGCAUUGGAGCGGGAAGAGGCAGGCCAUGUACUUUUGGCGCUGUACCUGCUUGCAGAAGAAACCCGCCUCGACACUUCGCAUUCUGAAGAAGUCAUCGGCAAAGUAGCACGUCUCGCCGUUGCUGUGGCUCAGCGGCACGAAAGCCUCUCCUGGGUCGAAGCGCUUCGUUGCCGCCUUUUCCUCGGUUCAGCGGAUGUCAGCCUUGAGAGGGCGUCAGCGUCAAUCAACCGCACGGUUGACGACCUUGAGAGUGUUCCCACGGAUCUCUAUCGUGUGCUUCUCAAUAUGGCCUCCGGUAGCCGUGAGCGUGUCUCUUCGCUCCAAUCUUGGAUUGCGACCAGUUCUGCGUCCGUCUACAUCACUCAUGCUGCUGGCACCUUUCCCGUACUGGACGCAAUCCUUCGAACAUUUGCCGUCUUCGCAGAGUCAAGUGUUCAUCGCCAGCCUGUGUGGGCCACUGUAGUCGAAAGCAUGAUCAGCAACGGCCUUGACUUGGAAACGUUGCGGAGGCUGCCCUUUGGAAUCUCGCUGCCCUUAUACCAGGCAAUCCGGCGUUGCCAAGUCGAGCCUCCAAGCGGGAAGAGCGCUGAGUUCUAUCAUAUGAUCCAGCGCGCUGAACUUGCUGUCAACGCCUCGACACAGCGCGACUUGCUGAGCACUGCCAACGCGCGGCAAAUACCCGAACAGCUGAUCAGGACAUUGCCAGAGGACGCUCCUCUGGACGCCAUCUGUGCCCAGCUCUUCAGUCGAGACUUUCGACUCCGCGACGUCGUUGCAAUGCUCAAGACCGACUCGCUCAACUCGGUCUACGUUGCCGAAGGAGAGAACCAGACCGAGACCGCCAUCACAGAGCAGCACAAUGCUGCUGUGGCGGCCAUCGGAGAACGUACUAAAGCGCUUCCUACAGGGCGAGCCAUGCUGUUCAUGACAUCGCGGCAAUUCUCAGCAACGCACAAGUGGCUCAUCCCUCCCAUCUGCUUGGCAGUCAAAGUGAGGCCACGUGGCACGACCAUCGAACCGGACACCAAGGCCGAAACGGUAGGCCUGGACUGGCCCGAGUUUCACAAUGGCGUAGCAUCGGUGCUGGAGCUCAAUUUGGCCACCAGUGUCAGCGUCGACUCAAAAUGGAUCUUUGCACAUCUGGGCGAACAGGUCACUGCGCGGCAUGCUGGUUUCUUGUACGGGCUGGGUCUGAUGAAGCAACUGCCCUCUCUGACUCCUGUGCACGUCUUUCGGUAUCUCAAGAUGCGCAACAAUCUGCUCACCAUCGGAUUCCUGCUCGGGAUGGCGGUGUCGACCGUGGGCACCGCCGACCCCACCGCACGCCACUUGAUUGGCAUGCAGCUCACCGCUUUCCUGCCGCCGGGUUCCGCCCCACUCAACCUGUCGACCAUCACGCAGACCGCUGGUUUGCUCGCGAUGGGGCUUGUCUUUCUCGGUAGCAAUCACCGUUGGACGGCGAAACGGAUGCUCGAUCAAAUCGGCGCGCAGGAGUCUCCCACUCCCAAUAUCCAGCCGCAGCACCGCGAGGCAUACUCGUUGUCGGCGGGCCUAGCGCUCGGCCUUGUCUACUUGGGUAAAGGACGAGGCGAUGGAAUGAAGAGUUUGCCGGACAAACGCAUCGUCGCUCGUCUUGUACACCUCAUCAAGGGAAGCAGUGGCACGACUGAGGGUUUCCCGACAGCGGACGGCUUGCGGCCUGAUCAAGGACCAAAGGAGGACCCUGAGGUCAAUCUGACUUCCGCACCUGCUGCCCUUGCAUUCGGUCUGAUGUACCUGCGCUCCAACAGCCGCAUGAUCGCCGACAUCAUGGCGCCUCCACGGACGUCACAGGAGCUUGACACGCUGCGACCAGAUGUGCACUUCAUCCACGUGCUUGCACGAUCGCUCAUCCUUUGGGACUCGAUCCAGCCCAGCGCGGACUGGCUCCACAGCAUUCUUCCGGCGUGGCUGCAGAAAAGAAUUAAAGCUGGCAAAACGAUUUCCGAGGCGGCUCAAUUGGCGCAGAUCAACAUGGAGGCUGGCGCGUGCUUUGCGGUUGGACUGAAGUACGCUGGAUCCAAGGACAGCAAAGCAUGCGACUGCCUCUGGCAGCAACUCCACAAACUGGACAAGCAAGUCAAGGUGCAAACGGUCUCGUUCUUCUCCAAGAUUCGCAAGGCGGCUAUUCAAGCUGCACUGGAUCAAGCAAGAAUCUCACUCGCUUUGGUGCUCGCCGGAAGUGGCGACGUUGACUUGCUCCGUCACUUACGCAGAGCGCACGGUGACGUCGAAGGCGAUGUCUGCUACGGCAGCCACAUGGCAUCGCACAUGGCACUGGGCUUGCUCUUCCUGGGCGGGGGCCGCUUCACGCUGGGCACAUCGGAUCUGGGGAUAGCAGCUCUGUUGAUCUCGUUCUUGCCGCCCUUCCCACGCUGGAGCGGCGACAAUCGCGCCCAUCUGCAAGCUUUCCGCCACCUUUGGUAUCUCGCCAUCGAGCCAAGGCUACUGAUCGCUGCGGACAUCGAGACAAAUCAGCUCGUGAGCUUGCCAAUCAAGAUUACAUCCGAUGGCAAGGCUUCGAGCGAUUGGCAUGCAUCAACACCGUUGCUUCUCCCGAAUCGUCUGCUUUCAGGCUCGAUCCAGACCGCCACCAGCCGAUACUGGUCAGCCAGUAUGGACAGCAGCACAGUGUCCGAUCGCACAGGGUCAUCUGGGUCAUUAGUAGCACCGGCGGCUAAGUCCUCUUCUGCGACCACUUCGCAGAUUCUGUUCGUCAAGAGAAAGACGGCUCACCUAGACUUUCUCGCAGAUCCGCACGGGAGCAGAAGCUUGUCAUCGCGUGCGAUCGAGACGGCGCCGAUGGAUCUUUUGCCCGAUGCCACAGAGCUGGUAGGUCCAGGCGUGUCCGAGCUCAGGGAAGCGAUGCGUGGGUUCCUGGAUGUAGGCAAGCAGCGAGAACUAGUUCGCAGCUUGUGCCUCGUCUCAGCGUCGUCGCAUGUCGAGGGUAUUGCCGAGACGGAUGCAAUCGCACCGUCGAUGCGAGCAGUCGCGAUGGAGUGCUUGACCAUGGACAAGAUGUAUGUGUUGCCCGCGUACGCCAGCAUCGUGCAACUCCAACAGACUUCGUCGAGCUCGUCGCCAGACUGGCUUCGACACUACCGCGAUGUGCGAUUUGCCGAUGAGUUCUACCAGCGUCACUAUCCGCGAUUGCUCGCAGAUGGUGCCAACGCCAGCAAGCACAUGCCGCUGGUGCAGCCUGCUCUGCUGGCGACAUUGCGAAGGCGAGCUCAGCAGCAGGCAAAGGCGCUAUUCGACCGCAGCGCCGCGCUCCGCGACGCUAUCACAGACCUUCUCGCAGCGGACCAGGACGGUGCGUCACGUACGAUGCUGUCCCAAGUCGAAGUAGGUGAUGUGUGGAAGGUCUUGGUGGCGAGCGAGACGCCUAGUACUAAGGUGGGGCGGGAACUGGUCCAGUCAAUAAAAGAGCACAUUCGCACUUCGGUAUCCGCUACUGACUCGAUGGACGACGGCGAGAGCAUAGCAAGUCUCAAGGCUCGGAUCCGUCUUGUUACGGAUGCAGCGUUUGGAAGCGCUGAUAGGGCGCCCUGGACAUCGUAUAUUCUUGAUCAUGUCGUGGAUAGGCUGCUCGACGGUCUGUAG